AUGAAAAUCAAAUUGAUAAUUUAUUUAUUUGCUAAAUAGACAAUAGAAGUGAAUAAAAAAUGUAACUUUUUAUUAUAGGGUAAUAUUAAUUUUAUUAUGGGAUAAGCAUGCUGUAAAACAGGGACAAAUCUUCCAAAUAUUGAGUAGGCACCAUAAUAACUUAAUACUCAAAGUUUUGAUGAUGUAAAUAUUAAUAUAAAUUAGUUUAAUUGUUCAAUAUUGAAACCUGAUCAAACAUAACCAAACAUGAUUUCAAAUGCUAAAUUCUUAUUCAAUUUUAUGAAUCAAAGUCAUACUUUAGAUAUAGCUUUUGGAAUUAAUGUGAGUUUUUAUUAGUAGUCUCCUUAAAUAGAAAAUGAACUAGUUUUGGUUACAUUAUCAAAAAAAGGAAAGUAUAAGAUUCCAAGAGUCCCAAAUCUUACUGACGUUGUAAUGUAUCCUCCUAUUGUAUUAUUAAUAUUAUUAAGAAUUGAAGCAUUAUAAAGUGGAUGAUAUCAUUUAUGUAGGUGGUUUGAAAGAUAAUUAGAGAAAUGGAUAUGGAUUAUAAUAUUGGAAAUCGGGUGCAUUUUAUGAAGGAGAAUGGAAAAAUGAUAAGGCUAAUGGUUAAGGAAGAUUAAUAUAUGAGGAUGGAGAUAUGUAUGAAGGAGAAUGGAAAGAUGAUAAAGCAGAAGGAAAAGGAUCCUUUUAUUAUUUCGAUGGAGAAAGUUAUAUUGGUGAUUGGUUAGAAGAUUUGCCUCAUGGAAAAGGAAAAGAGGAAUGGCCAGAUGGAACAACUUAUGAAGGAGAUUUUAUAUAUGGAAAGAAAGUUGGAAAAGGUAUGUACAAAUUUGCAGAUGGUGGAUAAUAUGUUGGAGACUUUGGUGAUAAUUAAAUGUAAGGAAUGGGUAAAUAUACAUGGCCAGAUAAAAAAAUAUAUGAAGGUUAAUGGAUUUAAGGUAAAAUGGAAGGGUAAGGAAAGCUUAAAUGGCCUGAUGGUAAGAAUUAUGAUGGUAAGUGAAUUUAAAGAUUAAUGUAGGAUCAUAUGUAAAUGGAAAAAAAGAAGGUUAUGGAACAUUAACUUUUGCAGAUGGUAGAUAAUAUGUUGGAUAAUGGAAAGAAGGAUUAAUGCAUGGUAUAGGAACAUUUAAAGAUAAAGAUAAUAUUAAAUAAGGAGAAUGGUAUGAGGGUAGAUUUAAUCGUGAAUCAUGA